AUGGAUGCAGAAAAGUCGAAUCCGUCUGCUGCAGUUUUUGACGGAACCACCCCGCGGUACCGAUGCAUCGCUUCCGUCGGAGCUCUACGCGUUCUGCUGUUUCUUGCAGUGUUUCUGUCAGUCUCAGGUGUGACGAGUUUUAGUGAGCUGUUUUUUAUAAAGGAGCCCCAUGAUGUGACGGUGAUGAGGAGGGACGCUGUGAUUUUGGACUGUCAGGCCCACGGCGAGGCUCCCAUCGGCAUCCGGUGGCUGAAGAACGGAGCGGCGCUCACAGAGUCGGAGCGUGUUUACCUGCUCACCAACGGCUCUCUGUUCAUCUCAGAGGUGGAAAGCCGUAAGGACAAAUCAGAUGAAGGCUUCUACCAGUGCCUUGCCCAGAACAAAUAUGGAUCUAUUCUCAGCCAGAGAGCCCGCUUGACUAUCGCAAGUUUAUCCUCCUUCACUCAGCAGCCAGCAUCAAUCACGGUGAUGGAGGGAUCCGUCGCACGAUUCACCUGUAAAAUCCCGGCCACGCCCCCUCCAAUCAUCACCUGGGAGUUUAACAGAGUCACUUUACCACAGGCCACUGAAAGAAUCACAGUGCUUCCCAGCGGCGUUUUACAGAUUCAGGGAGUUGAACGGGCUGAUGCUGGGAGUUACCGCUGUGUGGCGACUAAUAUCGCCAGUCGACGCAGGAGCUCUGAGGCCGUGCUAACCGUGACCGCAGCUCCGUCUCCCAGAGUUCCUCUAAGGCCUCGCAUCAUCGCCGGUCCGCAGAAUCUGACCGUAGCGGUUCACGGCACGGCUCUGCUGGAGUGCAUGGCGACCGGAAAUCCUCGUCCGCUGAUCUCAUGGAGCCGCGCCGACCAUAAAUCCAUCGACGUUCACAAAACAAAGGUUCUUGGCAAUGGAAACCUGCUCAUAUCUGACGUGACACCCCAGCACGCCGGAAUCUACUUUUGUCGAGCAACUACGCCGGGAACCAGAAACUACACGAUUGCCGCCGCUAAUAUAACUGUUUUAGGAUCGCCGUCUCUCGUGGAGUGGCCGGAAAGCGUGACCCGACCGAGGGCUGGUACUGCCCGCUUCGUGUGUGUGGCAGAGGGAUUUCCGACGCCUCAGAUCACAUGGCUGAAGAACGGUGAACCCGUUCACUCGAAUGGACGCAUCAAGAUGUAUAACAGUAAACUGGUGAUUAACCAGAUUAUUCCUGAAGAUGAUGGCAUAUACCAGUGCCAGGCGGAGAACGAGCAGGGUUCGUUCUGUGCCAUGGCUCGUCAUGAUCGUAGUAAUGGUCGGACAAACCGGCCGAGCGCGCCCAGAAAUGUCCGCGCGGACACCGUGUCCAGCUCAGCCAUCCUACUGGCCUGGGAGAGACCCAUGUACAACUCGGACAAAGUCAUCGCCUACUCUGUGCACUACAUGAAGGCAGAAGGUCUAAAUAACGAAGAGUACCAGAUUGUAAUCGGUAACGAUACCACCCGCUACAUCAUUGAUGAGCUCGAGGCGGGGCGGAACUACACUUUCUACAUCGUAGCGUACAUGCCCAUGGGUGCCAGCCGCAUGUCUGACCACGUCAUACAGCGGACACUCGAGGACGUUCCCUCGCGUGCUCCUGAGUUGAGCCUCACCAGCCGCAGUCCCUCUGAUAUCCAGGUGUCGUGGCAGCCUCUGUCUCAUAAGCUGAGUCGUGGUCGUGUGUGUCUGGGUACCGCCGUCUCGUACAGGACCAGCACAGGGGCAGUGACACAGCUGGAGCUCUCCGGACACAAAACCCAUCACCUCCUGGAGGGUCUUCAGCCCGACACCACGUACCUGCUCCGCAUCGCUGCAGCGACCAGCGUGGGAUGGGGAGAACCAUCGGCCUGGACGUCCCACAGGACACCGAAGGCUUCCAGCACUAAAGUGCCCCUGGCACCAGAGCUGCAGCUGGAGUCUCUGAACUGCACGACUGUGGUUUUGCGGUGGCAUCUUCCAGCUGGCAGCGGCACUGGACUGCAGGGCUUCAAACUUUCCUACCACGAAGAGAGCGAACCAGAAGGAGCGCUGACCCAGAUUCCCCCUCACCACCGCCAGCACACCAUUGGAGGCCUGGGUGAGUGACUUCAGUGACUUCAGGACACCCAGUGAAAUCCAGCAGCUGUGUGCAAAUGUGCCAAAUGGGAAAUCUUUUUUUAAUGUGCCUUGUUUGUUGUAGUGGAAGUUUGGGAGUCUGAUUGGCUAGAGCGGGAUGUUAGCUUGUGUAAACACUGAGCAUGCCACUUUCAGUCCAGCAUUUAACACUGAAUGGAGCAGAAUUAUGUGCUGUUCAGAACUGAAAAAAAAUCUUUUUCUUCAUUUGAAUUGAGGACAUGGAAUUGCAAUUAAAAUUUGAAUAUCGGAAAGUAAAAUAAAAAUGAAAUUCAAAGAUAUUUUAAUUCAGGUUUGUUUGAAAGAUUGAAUUUUUUUUUUUAAAAAGUAGAUGGAUGGAUUGAUGGACAGAUGGAUAGACC